AACCACAGUUUCUCUUACCAACUCCAUAAAGCCGCACAAAUAUUGUCUGAUAGCUUGGGUUUUGCGUUACCUAACUCGACCAUCGUCAAAAUAAACACUUCAUUCACUAAUGAUAGACCUGUCGUAGCCACUGCUUUCUGGCAACAAAUACGUACGUGCUUAAUUUAAUGAGUGGUCGCCGUUCUUCGUCAUACCAGUUGCAUAGUGCGGACACAUUAUUAAUGUAAUGGUUACUUUGCUCUUAAUUGCUCAAAAAAAUUAGAGUAAGUUGAGUGACAUGUAUUUAUUGUGACCUGUCAGGUGGCCCAUGUCAAUAACUGUCAUCACAUUCCCCAUCCAAAUAUUUACAUCUUAAUAAUCACCGUUGUCCUGAACUAUACCCGAUAACCAACACUCUGUACUGAACCUGCUAUUUUUUGCAUGAUUUAGUGAAGUGGAGAGAACAAGCAGGAUUUGAAUAAAAAUAGUUUCCUAAAAACAAAUCUAGUUUAUUGUGACGCAGUUUUCCUGAAUUUGGGCUGGAAUGGCUGGGAAACAUGGACCUCUUGUGGGAUCGUUGGAUCAAGGCACUUCAAGUUCAAGAUUCUUGGUGUUUGCAGCAAACAACGGAGAGCUACUGACUUAUCAUCAGAUAGAAAUUCCACGCAGCUGCCCAAAAGAAGGGUGGGUUGAACAAGAUGCUAAGAUUUUGCUCAACUCUACACUGUCUUGUGUCGACAAAACUGUCGAGAAUCUCAGAAAGUUGGGCGUAGAUCCGUCAGACAUCAAAGCCAUUGGAAUAACAAACCAAAGGGAGACGAUUAUAGCGUGGGAUAAAUUGACAGGAGAACCAUUGUACAAUGCCAUUGUUUGGUUGGAUACAAGAACAGCUUCUGAGGUUGACGAAAUCCUAGGAAAUCCAACAACGAAAGCUCAAGCAGAACGUAUCCGUCGGUUAUGUGGUCUUCCGAUGAGCACAUAUUUUAGCGCCUUGAAGAUGAAGUGGAUGCUGGAGAAAGUUCCUGCAGUCAAGAGUGCUGUUGAGGAAGAUCGAUGUCUUUUAGGAACAGUAGAUAGUUGGCUCCUCUGGAACCUGACUGGUGGAAAGGCGGAUGGCUUACACUUAACCGAUGUUACCAAUGCGUCUCGUACAAUGUUGAUGAACAUUGAGACAUUACAAUGGGACCCGUACCUUUGCAACUACUUUAAAAUUCCAAUGAAACUGCUGCCUGCCAUUCGAAGUUCGUCCGAAAUUUAUGGCCACAUGUCCAGAACGGUGCUAACUGGAGUCCCAAUUUCUGGGAUUUUAGGCGACCAGCAGGCCGCGUUAGUCGGUCAAAUGUGUUUCAAACCUGGUCAAGCUAAAUGUACUUAUGGCACGGGUUGCUUUCUACUUUUCAACACUGGAAACCAAAUUGUAAACUCUGCCCAUGGAUUAUUGACGACGGUAGGAUAUAAAUUGGGUCCAAAUAAGCCAACCGUGUACGCAUUAGAGGGUUCGGUUGCUGUUGCAGGGGCAUCAAUUCGAUGGUUAAGAGAUAAUCUGGGACUUGGUAAAAGUUACGAGGAGCUAAGCGACAUGGCAAACAGUGUUCCAGAUUCAGGUGGCGUUUACUUUGUUCCGGCGUUCUCAGGCUUGUUCGCCCCUUACUGGCGUCCAGAUGCAAGGGGAAUAAUUUGUGGUUUAACUGAGCAUUCGACUAAGGGUCACAUAGCUCGAGCCUCCUAUGAAGCUGUUGCGUUUCAAGUCAAGGACGUGCUUGAAGCGAUGAACCAGGAGGGUGGUCAUCCUCUCACAUCUCUUCGAGUCGAUGGGGGCAUGACCAUCUCAGAUUCCCUCAUGCAACUUCAAUCUGACAUUCUAGGAAUUGAUACUGUCCGACCUUCAAUGUCAGAAACCACUGCUUUAGGUGCAGCCAUGGCCGCCGGUUCAGCCGAAGGAAUUAAUGUGUGGGACAUUAAUUCAGAAGAUUACUCCAAAAUUAUCUCUGAUGUGUUCGAACCGAAGAUAACCCAACAUGUUCCCGGACAACUUUCCGAGCGAGACGAGCGAUACUGGAGGUGGAAGGAGGCUGUGAAACGAAGUUGUGGGUGGGAAGUGCACCCAGAUCAGAAAAAGCCAGCAGAUAAGCGAUAUUACAUCAAUCGAUCAAUUCCAGUGUCAUUGUACUUUAUAGGAACCUUUGCUCUGUUAGUCAUUUCGGCUCACAUGAGUUCUAUGAAAAAGUAAAUAAAUAUAACAGAGAAAAUAGUACAAUCGAAAUUAACUUUUUUGUUUAUUCACAAACUACGGACUGAAUAGUCUAUAUAACAUUUUGAUUUCCGCUAAUAAAUUGUAAA